AAAAAAAGAACAAUAUAACUUUGAUUCAAGGGAGGCUACUAUUCUUCCUUAUUAGAGUCGUUACGUAUUGAAAUUGAAAUUAGUUCAGUUCUUGAAUUGGGUAUCUGGGUUUUGAAGAGAAAGUGGUGAGAUGGAAUUUCCAUUAAUUGGAGUAGCUUUUCCUGGAACAGUGUUUGGGGAGCUGCUUAGAGCUGUUGUAGAGCCUAAAGGGAAAGCAAAACAUUUCAAGCCCCAACUGGAGCAACUAGAAUCUACUUUGCGAAAUAAUGCUAAGGUUAUCGAACAAAUUGAGAAGUACAAUGAAAUAUUGGAUCAUCCAAGGAGUGAAACUCAACUGUUGAAGGAGAAAAUGCAGGAAGGCGUGCUGCUUGUUCGCAGAUGCUCAACAGUGAAGUGGAAUCCCAUUAAAAAGACUCGUUAUGCUGAUAGACUAGUGAAACUGAAUAGCUUAAUCAACAGGUUCUUUCAGGUUGAUAUGCAAGCACAACAGACAAGAGACACCAAAGAAAUUCUGCUGGGUAUGAGAGAUCUACAAAGGUCUUUCAUCGCAUCUUCUAGUACUGGAGACAUUAGUGGCAAGUUAGAUCAAGAUGGGAUUAUUAGACCUUGCUCAGUGCCUGAUCCUCCGGAGAUUACCCCUGGAUUAGAUGUACCUUUGGAGGAGUUAAAGAGGGAAUUGUUAAGGGAUGGAGAGCAAGUGAUUGUUGUGUCAGCUCCUGGAGGAACUGGGAAGACUACACUGAUUAAAAAACUUUGCAAAGACCAAAAAGUUGAAGAAAAAUUCAAGGACAACAUUUUCUUUGUCACCGUUUCUAAACCACACAAUGUGAAGGUCAUCGUACAGAAAAUAAUCCAACACUUGGGUAAAGAUGUACCUGAGUUUCAAACAGAUGAGCAUGCAAUCAAUGACUUGGAACGAUUGUUAAAGGAAAUGGGAUCACAGCCCAUAUUGUUAGUCCUUGAUGAUGUCUGGUCUGAAUCAGAAUCCAUGCUGCGCAAGUUCAAGUCCCAAUUGCCGAAUUACAAGAUUUUGGUGACUUCAAGAUCUGUAUUCCCAAAACUUGGUUUUGUAUAUAAAUUAAAACCAUUGUAUGAAGAAGCUGCUGAAACACUUUUCCGUUAUACAACAGGUGGAGACUCGUCCAUUCGAGAUCAAAAGCUUGUCAAUAAGAUUUUGGGAAUCUGUAAGGGAUCUCCUCUUGCCCUUACUGUUAUUGGUAGAUCACUCUGUGGGCGGCCUGCAGCAGUCUGGAAAAGUAAAGUGAAGGAAUGGCAGCAUGCUACUAUUUUCCAUUCUAACACUGAUUUGCUUGUUUGUCUCCAAAGCAGCUUGGAUGCCUUAGAUGAUAAGCUCAAGGAAUGUUACAUGGACCUUGGUUCGUUUCCUGAGUACCAUAGAAUUCCUGUUGCCACCCUUAUCGACAUGUGGGUGGAAUUGUAUAAAAGGGAUGAAGAUGAUCUUUGUGCCAUCCUUAGUGAUCUCUCCAAUGUAAAUCUGUUUGAUCUAGUGGUGACAAGUGAUGAAAGCUCCCACCACUAUCACUUUGUUGAACAGCAUGAUCUUCUCAGAGAGCUAAUUAUAUAUCAAAGCAUGUUGGAACCAGUAGAAAAGAUGAAAAGACUAUUCAUCGAGAUAAGUGGAAACAAUUUUCCUGAGUGGUGGUUGGAAAAGAAAUCACAACCAGUAAAUGCCCGUCUCUUGUCGAUAACCACAGAUGAUACAUUCUCAUCUAGUUGGUAUGAUCUUGAAGCACCUGCAGUAGAAGUUGUGGUUCUAAAUGUUCGAACAAAGGAGUACACCAUGCCGAAUUUUAUGGAGAAGAUGAAAAAUUUGAAGGUGUUGAUAGUCACAGGUUGUGGAUUCCUUCCUGUUGAAAUAAGUAACUUUCAACUUCUUGGUUCUUUGCCCAAUCUAAAGAGAAUUAGAUUGGAGCAAGUUUCAAUUCCUUGGUUUGACAUGACAACGAUGCAAAUGAGACAUCUGCAGAAGAUAUCUUUGGUUUUAUGCAAUGUGGGUCAGGUUUUCAGUAAUUCUACCUUCCAAAUUUCAAAUGCAUUUCCAAAUCUGAAGGAGUUGGACAUUGAUUACUGCAAUGAUCUUGAGGCACUGCCUGAUGACAUGGGUAAUAUUGUCUCCCUAAAAACUCUCAGCAUCACUAAUUGUCAUAAGCUGCCCCAACUGCCUGACGGGAUCGGCAAGCUGGUAAACUUAGAGGUACUAAAGCUUGCUUCGUGUUCUGAUCUGGAAGCGUUGCCUGGCUCAAUCGAGAACCUAAUCAAUUUAAAGUUCCUUGAUAUAUCUGAAUGUCUAAGCACCGCAGAAUUGCCAGUGCAGAUUGGAAGAAGCUUGGAGGAGAGACAACGAGACGGUUUUAUAGAUAAUGAUAGAGAUAGAUCAAAUGGAGCUGGCGAUGGAGUUUCAUCAACAAUUAAGAGUGUGUGCUCCCACUGUGUUGAGAGGAAGAAGACUGGAUAUUUGGAGACAAGGCCAACAAGGAAGUUGCAGCUAGAUCUGAAUACAAUUGAAAGCUCUAGAGAAAAGAUGUUUCAGCAUUAUUAUAAUUUUCCUCAGGGUAAUAAAGUAUGGUCUGCCACGGAGAUGCUGUGUCUUGAUGUUCCUGGCCUUCCUCUAUCUGGAUACUUUGAUUACACUGCUUUUAGUGCUGAUAAUUCUCCUUGUCAAGGUCCUCCUAGUUUAAGCCCAUGUCGAAAUCCUGUUAGCCCAACUGGGACUCCCUCACCGGUGAAUUCCAAAUUGUCCCAUGAAACUGCUAGUCAUGUUGAAGUCCAUCCCUUACCUCUUCCUCCAGGUUCACCCAUUUCUUCACUUCCAACUUCUAUUCCACAUAUUCUAGCUAAACCUGAACCUUGUCCAAUGAAUAAUCAGUGGAAAAAGGGAAAGCUUAUUGGACGGGGUACUUUUGGAAGUGUUUAUGUUGCCAGCAAUCGAGAAACUGGAGCUUUGUGUGCAAUGAAAGAGGUUGAAAUAUUUCCUGAUGACCCAAAAUCUGCUGAGUGUAUAAAGCAACUGGAACAGGAAAUCAAAGUUCUGAGCCAAUUGAAGCACCCAAACAUUGUGCAGUAUUAUGGUAGUGAAAUAGUUGAAGACAAAUUUUAUAUAUAUAUGGAGUAUGUUCAUCCUGGUUCGAUUAACAAAUAUGUCCGUGAACAUUGUGGAGCAAUGACAGAAUCUGUUGUUCGCAAUUUUACUCGUCAUAUUCUUUCGGGAUUGGCUUACUUACAUAGUAAAAAGACAAUCCACAGGGACAUCAAAGGAGCUAAUCUACUUGUUGAUGCGUUAGGGGUUGUUAAGCUUGCUGACUUUGGAAUGGCUAAACUUCUGACUGGACAGGGAGCUGAUCUUUCUUUUAAGGGAAGCCCAUACUGGAUGGCUCCAGAGCUCAUAAUGUCUCUCAUGCAGAAAGAUAGCAACUCUGAUCUUGCACUUGCUGUUGAUAUCUGGAGCUUGGGUUGUACUAUAAUUGAAAUGUUUACUGGGAAACCUCCAUGGAGUGAGUUUGAAGGGGCUGCAGCUAUUUUUAAGGCUAUGAAGGAUAUCCCAACCAUACCCGAAAAUUUAUCAGCUGAGGGCAAGGAUUUUUUGCGAUGUUGCUUCCGGACAUGUCCUGCAGAGAGGCCAACUGCCAGCAUUUUACUAGAACACCAAUUCUUGAAAAACUCACAACAUACUGAUAUCACAUGUUGCUCUCAUUCGUUUACUGGGAUGAAAGUUACUAUUUGAUAUAAAUAAAAAUUGUCUUUUGUUUUUCGUCUUUCCAAUUUCUAUUGUUUAGUUACAGGAUGUGGGUUGUACCCUUGACAGGGUAAACCCCAAAGUCUCAGAGAAUUGUGAGGGUAAAAUUGAUCAGUUCUCUCUCUCCUAAGCUCACAAAAGUGUCAUCUGAAAGGUAGGAGAUACUUUAUACUUGUUUUAUCUUUGCAUAUCUAAACAAUUGAAUUCAGUGCAAUGAAGUUGGUAAUUCUUUACUCUUGCA